CGGUCAGUGAUGGCGUCUGCUGAUCUGAGUGCUGAGCUGGAAUGUUCUGUCUGUCUGAACAUUUAUACAGAUCCUGUAAACCUGAAAUGUGGACACAACUUCUGCCGGGGCUGUAUUGGUCGUGUGCUGGAUACACAGGAGGGGUCUGGAGGUUAUUCCUGUCCUGUAUGUAGAGAGAAGUUUCAGGAGCGGCCUGCACUGCAGAGGAACAUAACACUGCGUAACAUAGUGGAGAGUUUCCUGUCUGCUCAGCCAGAUCAGGAGGAGUCCGGGGUCUUCUGUACUCACUGUGUGGACUCUCCUGUACCUGCUGUUAGAUCCUGUCUGCUCUGUGAGGUUUCUCUGUGUGAUAAACACCUGAGAGUCCACAAAAAGUCUCCAGAACACAUCUUAUGUGACCCCACCUUGUCCAUGGAGAGCAGGAAGUGCUCCGUCCAUAAGGAAGUAUUGAAGUAUUUUUGCACUGAAGAUGAUAUCUGUAUCUGUGUGUCCUGCAGUCUGGCCGGAGAACAUCGAGGACACAAGGUGGAGAUGUUGGAUGAGGCUUCUGAGAAGAAGAAGUACAAACUGAGGAAUGUUCUGCAGAAACUUCUGACGAAGAGAGAGGAGACGGAGGAAAGAGUCCAGAGUCUGGAGGAACACAGGAGGAAAGUAGAAGAAAAAUCAGCCGGUGACACAGAGAGAGUCUCUUACCUGUUUAGAGAGCUCAGGAGACGUCUAGAAGACCUGGAGAAGAGAGUCCUGAGUGAGAUCUCCGGGAGGGCCGAGCGGACCUCCAUCUCCAUGUUGGAUAUGAUCCGGGAGCUGGAAAUAAAGAAGGACGAGCUGUCCAGGAAGAUGCGUGACAUUGAGGAGCUGUGUAACCUGACGGAUCCACUGACUGUCUUACAGGGAUCAGAUAGCUGGAGAAGACAUGAUAGACUCCUCCAUGAUGGAGGGGGUCUGGAUGUGGCUGGGCUCUCACACACAUUACACACAGGUUUAUCUGAUAUAAUAACAGAGGUAAAUGUAUUCUUCUAUAUACAGGAAGCUGAAGACAUAUUACUGGAUGUGAGCACAGCUCAUACUGAGCUACAGAUAUCAGAUGACAGGAAAACUGUAUCCAUGUCAGAUAUAGACCAGUAUCACCCAGAAACACCAGAGAGAUUUCAGUAUUGUCCUCAGGGGUUGAGCAGUCGGAGUUUCUCCUCAGGGCGACAUUACUGGGAAGUGGAUGUCGGGGGAUCAGAUAGCUGGAGAGUCGGGAUGUGUUACCCCAGUAUAGAGAGGAGAGGAUGGCAGUCAGUGAUUAAAUAUAAUAUGAAGUCCUGGGGUUUGGACAGGAAUGGUAAUCAGGAUUUGGUGAUACAUGACAAUAAUAGGAUCCCAUUACCCCCCAAUAUCUCCAGUAACAGAGUCGGGAUAGAUCUGGAUUAUGAUGCCGGGCGGAUCUCCUUUUAUGAUCUGUGUGACCACCUCCACACCUUCACCACCACCUUCACUGAGCCCCUCCAUGCCGGGUUAUGUAAGGGGAGGUUGUAUAAAGAUCUGUGGGGGGAAUCGGGAGAUGUGAGAACUCCGCCCAGAGUCUGGUGA